UGACCAAUCGCGAAAGACGUUUAAAUAGAAUUGCGCCGGUUUUGCUUGGAGUCCUGUAAAUGGAGGGGCCAAUAAACUUAAGUUCUUGGCAAACGUUUCUGUUCGAUACGAUUUUAUGCAUAAAGGAAAGCUUUUUGCCCGUUGAAACGGUUUACCGUAAUAAAACGGCGAAACAAUGCAGGGUACAAUUAUAGAAAAUUUAAGCGGCAAGAAACUUUCGGUAUUGGUAAUAUUAUUAAUCGUUGCACAAAUCGUUUGCUUUUUAAUAGGCGGCCUAAUAGCGCCAACACCUGCUACAAGUCAAAAUAUAUUAAGUACACCUUGUAAGGAUAUACGAAUUAAUGGAACUGAACCUGGCGCAGGAAAAUGGUUUUAUUCAAGGGGCAAAGGUUCUUGUACUCAUGUUGAUAUAAAUCAUUUUAGUUUGGACAGCCAUCAUCAAGCACAUCAAGUGGUCUAUACAUUUCAGAUGCCUUCUCCACGUAGUAGCUUGCAAUUGGAUUAUUCUAGAUGGCAACAAAAUCUUAUAGGAGUCUUACAGGUGGAUAUUGUAUAUCACAGUCAAAUUCAAAUCGCACCUAGAACUAAAAUAACUCUGGAUUCAAGACUUGCUUAUAGGAACAAAGAAGAUCCAGAUGGUGCAUGGAAGCCAUACGCUUCUUCUAUAAUAGAAAGGAUCUUGGAUUGUAGCAUCGAUGAUGCAAUGGAACAAUAUAACUAUAAUUGCAAUGUUGUACCUUUGUUUGAAUUAGGAUCAUUGUUUCAUGAUUAUUAUUUGUUGAAUAUUCGUAUUCCUGCUGAUACUGAUAGGAACAUUAAUCAAGGUUUAGGACAUAUAACAGAUCUGUGGCUUACUGCCAUUAAUCAAAAUGGUGGAUUUACAAAAGUAUGGGUAAGCCUUAAAACUGUUUUUUUCCCGAUUGUAGUCAGUGUUUUGAUAUGGUACUGGAGAAGAGUUCAUAUGUUAUCAAGAUCACCUGCCCUUUUGGAAUAUAUGCUCUUGGCUUUAGGAAUGGCAUUAACAUUUUUAAAUUUGCCUGUGGAAUAUUUAACUCUUGCAUAUGAUAUGCCAUUCAUGCUUCUUUUGGGCGAUAUCAGGCAAGGAAUAUUUUAUGCAACGCUUUUAUCUUUUUGGCUUGUCUUUGCCGGGGAACAUCUUAUGAUUCAGGAGGGUGACCAAAGAAAUUCUUUAAAAUGUUAUUGGCGUCAUUUAUCUGCUGUGGGUAUAGGAUGCUUGUCAUUGUUUAUCUUUGAUAUGUGUGAACGUGGAGUACAAUUAAGAAAUCCAUUCUAUUCAAUAUGGGUCACAGAUCUUGGUACUAAAAUGGCAUUAUCUUUUAUAAUUUUGGCUGGAAUAUCAGCUGGUGUAUAUUUAAUAUUUUUAACUUAUAUGAUAUGGAAAGUCUUUAUGAAUAUAAGUGCAAAAAGAGCUACUUUACCAGUUAUGAGUUCGGCACGUCGUUUACAUUACGAAGGUGUGAUAUAUCGUUUCAAGUUCUUAAUGAUUGCUACAUUAUUAUGUGCUUCAUUAACAGUUAUCGGAUUUAUUCUUGGUCAGGUUGCAGAAGGACAAUGGAAAUGGGAUGAGGAAAUAGAAUUACAAAUGACAUCUGCCUUUUUCACUGGAGUUUAUGGCAUGUGGAAUAUUUAUACUAUUGCAUUAUUAUGUUUGUAUGCACCAUCUCAUAAACAGUGGCCGAUCGAACCAUCUGAACACAGUAUUAGCGAAGAAAUUGAGUUCUCGCGGCUUCCUACUGAUCCCAAUGAGAUGUUGUCACUCACAGCAUUUGCCCGAAAAGCAGCUGUGGAAUAAACAUCUUAAUUUGGAUCGUUCAACCAUUUUGGAACAUUCGACAAGCUAAGCGAGACUCUAAUCUAUCUUCAUGUUAUACAUAAUAUUGUUAUUUUGUUUAUCGUUUUUCUAAACGUUGAUACAUAUUUAAGUUAACCUCGCUAAUAUAACGUAACAUAAUGUAAUGCACGAUGGAUUUUACAUUAGUUAUUGAAAUUGGCGUUUAUUUGGCAAUAUUGUUGCUUACAAAAUCUUCAAUCGAUUGAUUUUUUUCACGCUAUGAAACAUAAUGCAUUCUACGACAUUCAAUUGAGAUCAAAUAUAAAUAAAUCGUCUUCAAUCUGAAAAGAAAAUACACGGAAACGUGUUUUUUUCCACCAUAUCGUGCUGAAAUCAAUUUCUCCACUAUUUUUGGUAAGUCAUUGAACGUUUUAAAUUAAAAAUAUAUAUUACAUUUGCAUAACGUUGCAUUAUUCAUUAUUUAUUAAAAGUACGGAUCGGUAUUUAGUCAGACCGAUAUCAUACCUAAAAUGUUCGAUUCUUAUUGUAAAAAAAAUGAAACGUCUUUUCGUGUAUAAAAUGAAAAGAAAUAUCGUAUAAAAAUAUCGUUAAGUAGAAUGGAUAAAAUUAUUUGUCAGUAAAAUUAAGGUGUAAAAAAUUUCGAGAAUCUAAUCAACAUCGAUAUAACAUAGCACUGAAAAGCUUGAAAAACCCGCCUCUGUUGAAACAAGAUGGCGACUAGAACGGUUCGAGCGCCAUCUCACGAGAAUUAGUUGAAAUACGUAUAGGUCGUGGCAGAGCGAGAGAGAAAGAGAGAGAGCGAGAGAGAGUGGAAUGACGUGUGGAGGGGGGGUAAGAAGGAGAGUCCAGUACGUCGAGGAGAGAGCAGUAUCGCAGAUGCAGUGAAGUCGUCCGUAGGUUGACAGGUUGUGCGUGGUGGGUGUGAAGGAGUGUGAGAGAGAGAGAGAGAGAGAGAGAGAGAGAGAGAGAGGAGAGAGAAAGAGAAAGAAAAAGAGGGGAGAAAGAGACAGACAGAGUGAGAAGAACAAGCCGGUGGUGUAGCGAGAGAGGCGGAGGGCAAACGAGUGAGCGCGAGAGAAAUAAAAAAAAAGAAAAAAAAGAGAAUAGAGGAAAGGGAUAUCGUUUUGUUGUCGUGCGUUGAAGGAGACGCAUUCGUGCGACUUGAAGUCAUGUUUUGCUCGUGCUUCGUAGCCGAGAACGAAAUGAUUCUUUGAAGCUUACAGAGAAGUCCUCUCUCGAACGGUUUAGGAGUGUGCGAGGAACAAA